AUGUCUUCGACACCCGUCAGAGCUCCAGUAUUCGAGCACCAUCACAACGGCCUAGGUGUGAGUGCCGCCAGGCCUCGCCUAUCAUGGCAGUUCUACUCUUCACCGGACACUGCGGAAGGUUGGAUUCAAACAGCAUACGAUGUUGAAAUCCGGUUCUCUUCAAGCUGGGAUAUGGUGGGAAUAUACCAUGUCGAAUCGACACAGUCUGUACUCGUGCCGUGGCCAACCAGGCCCUUAGCCUCUAGGGAGUCAGCCCAUGUUCGUGUGCGCGUCUACGGAAAGGCCCAAGGCCAAGUUCAAAAUUGUGUUUCGUCGGCUUCGUCGCCAGAGCCGUCGGCGUGGUCACCGCCCUCAUCGGUAGAAACGGCGCUACUUGAUCAUGCUGACUUCUAUGCAAACUUCAUCACUUCUGCUGAGCGCAUUGAAUCGCUCGGCACUCUUCGACCUAUUCGCUUCCGGAAGACUUUCACUGUGCCUGAUAAGUUCCUGAGCUGUGACUCACUCAGUGCUCGGUUGUAUAUUACCGCUCUGGGGAUCUUCAAAGUCUGGAUCAACGGGCAAGUCGCUAGUGAUGAGUUCAUGGCCCCUGGCUGGACCAGCUACAAGCACAGACUAGUUUAUCGCAUACACGACGUCUCAAAGCUGAUAAGAACUGGCGAGAUGAAUGUUUUUUGUGCUGAGGUAGCGGAAGGCUGGUACGCUGGCAGACUGGGCUUCGAUGGCGGGAGUCGUUUCCGUUACGGAGAUGACCUGGCGCUCUUCGCUCAACUAGAAGUUCGAACCAAUACCUGGACAAAUUCCUCAUCGGAGUCCUUCAAGGUCCUCUCUGACGACACCUGGUCAGCAAUGCCCAGCGCUAUUACAUCUAGCAGUAUCUAUGACGGUGAGGUUCUUGACUGCUCUGAUGAGGUGGAAGCUUGGACUGAGCCAUCAACUGAAUGGCCAGCGGACAAGGCUAUGACGACUAGGGUUCUCACUAACCCCCAAUGCGGCAAAUUGGUCGCGCCAGAUGCGCCCCCCAUCCGGACCACGCAGCGCGUAGCUUGCAAACAAGUACUCAAAAGUAAAACGGGAAAGGUCAUCUUGGACUUUGGACAAAACCUUGUUGGCAAGGUGCUGAUACCGAGUCUGGAGCUCCUCGAUGGGGAGACGGUCACUCUACGCCAUGCAGAAGUCCUAGAACAUGGUGAACUUGGGACCAGACCUCUUCGAGAUGCCAAAUCUAUGGACACUAUCAUUGGGGCAGCUGGUAAAAAGCUUACGGACUGGACCCCAAGCUUCACCUAUCAUGGCUUUCGAUAUGUGCAAGUUGACGGCUGGCCAUCCAGGGAACCAUCGCCAGAAGCCCUCUAUGCUUUGGUUAUCCACAGUGACAUGAAGCGACGUGGAUUCUUUGAAUGUUCAAACCGCGCUGUAAAUCAGCUACAUAGUAAUGUAGUUUGGUCGAUGCGUGGCAACUUUCUAUCCAUUCCGACAGAUUGUCCUCAACGUGAUGAGAGGCUUGGAUGGACCGGAGACCUGCAGGUCUUUUGCAAGACCGCAACCUAUCUUUAUGAUACGCUAGGGGUACUUGCAAGCUGGUUGGAAGAUGUCUCUGCUGAACAGCUGGAGCCUGAGCAUGGCGGAGUUGUGCCUCUGGUAGUACCAGAAGCUAUGCCCACGGACUGGUCUAGGGAAGCUAACUCUCAGGCUAUCUGGGGUGAUGUCUCGAUUCUGGCCCCCAAAGAUCUCUUUGAUUACAGUAUGGAUAGAGAUCUACUCAGUCGCCAGUUGGAGAGCAUGCAGGCCUGGAUCGAUAGGGGGAUCAUAAGGGGAGCAGACGACCUGUGGGAUCCGAAUCUGUCCCAUCUCGCGGACUGGCUAGACCCUAACGCGCCUCCAGACAAUCCAGCACAGGCGUCUACUGACAGCUUGCUGGUUGCCAACGCCUAUCUCGUGCAUGUCACUCUGGUGUUUGCCGAUCUGUGCGCGAGGCUCGGUAAAGACGCCCUAGCGGCAAAGUACACGCAACAAGGGGUAAGGCUACGGCAGCUCUUUCAAGAUCGGUACAUUACACCUCACGGAAAUCUUGUAUCAUUGUCGCAAACAGGUAUCAGCCUCGCCAUUAUCUUCGACCUCCUUAGAAAUGAUGACCCUCAAAGGCAUGUGGCAGCCGAUACUCUCGAGCGACUUGUCCGCAAAGCAAACUACCGGAUCGCCACUGGAUUCGCCGGCACCCCGGCCAUUACGCAUGCCUUAACACGAAUUGGUCGUCCUCAGCUUUCAUAUGGCAUGCUACUCCAGACUGAAUGUCCCGGGUGGCUUUACCCUGUGAUUAAGCAUGAUGCAACAACUAUCUGGGAGAGAUGGGAUAGCAUGCUUCAAGACGGGAAUAUCAAUCCUGGCGAGAUGACAAGCUUUAAUCACUAUGCUUUAGGCGCUGUUGCAGACUGGUUACACAGCUCUGUAGGUGGCAUUUCUCCUAAGGAACCAGGAUGGAAGGUAAUCAGAGUUCGUCCUGUCCCAGGGGGAAACCUUAAAAGCGCGAGAGCCUCAUUUGAUGGGCCCUAUGGCCAUGUAGAAUGCCAAUGGGUCGUUGACGGCACAAACUUCCAGAUGAAGGUUAUGGUACCACCUAAUUGUCAGGCAGUCGUGACACUGCCAUCGGAACUUAUCCGGGACUACAGUCUGCAGGGCGAGCCUACACGAACUGUCGGAUCAGGGUUGCAUGAGUUCAAUUGCGAGUAUAUAAGCGAUGAAUGGCCACCCGUUGCAAUUGGGCAUCAUUUCAAGAGAGAUGAAAGUCUCAUUGUCCCAGUUGCAGACGGAAUUAUGAUGUCUUGA